AUGGGGCUCGAGAAGUACAAAAACGAGACUCGCUCGGUGUGCAGUACUACCUGUGCUCAACCUCCUGAUCUCUUAACUGCGAGUUCCGACGCGAGCCACGCACCUGCAAAGAUGCGUCAUGAUGACCCAUCCGAUGUCUUCGACGAACGCCCUCCUAAGUGCCCGCGGGUUCAACUGCGAGUUGGCCCAGCUCCACAUCACACCCCUGCUGUCUCUUCGAGUGAGCACCUUGCCUCCAGGGCAAGGCAGAAGUGCCGUGGUGCUGGCACUGCUGCUGCACCAGGACCAGGUGCCGAGCCUGUCGCGUCGUCCCUCGUUGCUGGUGCUCACCCUCCCAUCCCUGAUGGACUGAUCACCAUGGAUCCUAGUGAGAUCUGCGUCAAGGACCCGUCGCCAGCUCCCUGUGCAGCCAUGCUUCUUGAGCCGGCUGCUGCUGCCUCCAAUGGCAUGCAGCGCUCCCUCGAUGCACUGUACGUGACCUCCCACGAAAUUCGGCUCCGCCUCGCGGCGGAGGAGCGCGCUGACAAGGGUACCAACGAGGCAUACGCACGCCAUGUCCGCAAUUAUAUUGCCUACUGGGACAGAUACCAAGCUGAGAUGGUUGCUGACACCCCAGCAUGGACCUCUGUCCCCGCGCUGCCAAUCUCGGCAGCCAAGGUGUUCAUAUUUCUCAACUACGAGCGAACCCGAGAAAAGCGGAAACCAGGAUCGAGCGACACCAUCCCUGGCUCGAAUGUCGGGAAGUCUGUCAUCCAGCAGGCCAUCAGUGCCCUUGAGGACUGGCGGAUGAGCCACCACCACCUUUACCUUGGUGUGCCUGAGGCUCAACGUGCGGAGAGCUCCCAGGUGCUCAAAGCCUCUGGGACCACUUCAGAUGCAUAUACCACUGAAGAGCUCACAAAGUGCUCGGCAUGGUGCCUGGCAAAAUUCUCGGGCACUCGUCAGGUGUUUGUCGGUCUCCGUGACCGUGCCAUGCUGCUAUUUGGUGCCUCGACAGCGUUGCGAGGCGAAGGCACCAGAAUGUUGCAGCUGUCUGAUCUUUUCCUCUCCAAAGUUUGCAUAGAUGACAUUCAGUUGGGGUACACUGUCCCGGUGCUCGUGGCACUGGCUGACAAUGCGAAGAGCAACCAACAUGGUCGUCUUGAUGAGCAUGGCACCCUGCGACAUUUUCAUGUGGAGCUCUGCCCUGUCGGAGCCCUUGCCAUGCUUCUUUUUGCGUGCUUUCACAUAGUCUCGCAACCUGUCCCUGAGUUCGCUCCUGAGUUCUCGAAGGCAGGAUAUGGUGAAUUUGGCCACCGGUCAUGGUACGACCUGUAUGUCUUCUGGGGUGAGAGAGCUGACAGGCAGAUGUCUUACAUCAGCAAACUACAAAUUUGGUGACAGAAACAACACGUCAAUACAAAGCCAUACAAGUCCAUAGACGGUACAUGGGUACAGUACUACAGGUUUUACAAGGUUCCACAAGGUUCCACAAAGCGACACAAUAACUACAAGGCAACAAAGUAAUUACAUCAUAAAUAGAGCUAUAGGUACUUUGCGAAGGUCGAAAAUAAUAGCUCCACAUAUGUUCUG